CAUAUGAUACGUUGAUGUCACAAGUAUUGUAUAUGAAAAGUAAUUCAGUCUGUAUUGUGUUUAGUUAACAAAAUUUUAUAUUAUGUCGUUGUCAUCAUGGCAUAACAGACGGUUCACAUUUAUUACUGUAUUUUAAAUCAAUUAGAGGCCUAAAAAGGGACGCUGGACGUAACUGCUACUCAAUUUAACAAACGAUAUACCAGGACUUAACCGAAUCGGUAGAGAACUCAACUGCUACUCAACAGCUACUCAAUUUAUUGGAAGCUACUAUCGAUUACUACACCAUUUUCUAAGUUGAACGGCUCAUAUAGAAUAUAUGAAACUUCUGCCACAAGUGAUGCCUUGUAUAGUUAACCAAAAAUAUGAAACUGACUAUGAAAGACAUGCUUCGACAUGCUUAUGCUUUCUCCAUAGCGUAUGUAGUAUAUACAAAACGUCCUUGAAACGUUCAAACGUUCGUGAUAACCUUUCUAAAAGCAAACCAAUUGUUUUAAAUUAUUUAAAAUGAAAUUGUUAACAAAUAUAGCAUAUGGGAUGGUAUGCUUAUUUGAUUAAUUAUAUACAGUAUGUAACCAAACUCCACACCUGAAUAAAUAAAGACAAAUAAUUUGCGAUAUUUUAACGGCUUAUUUUUGGUAUAAAUAGAACAGUGUAGCAUCAACUGCUCAUUAAGUGUUUGAAUUUCACUCAAGUAAUUCAAUAAGCCAAUUGCAACAUGUUCACGUACCAAAAAUUAAUUAUCAUCUUAAACUUGGCUGCAGUCCUGCAUGCUGGAAAUAAUAAAAUACCUAUCUACGAGCAAGAAGACAGCCAAUGGAAUUGGGAGGAUACCCAAGCGUACACAGCUAAAUUAUGUGACACGCUUAAUUUGCCGCGACCGAGUGACUUGGAAAACGUAAAAGCCGAAUUUUAUAAACCGAGAUUGUUAUCCCAUUUUAGCAUAGGUACACCACCACAGCCAUUGAAAAUGUGUUUCGAUAUAACCAGCCCAGAUAUGAGAGUACGAUCAAGCUCAUGUGCGGGUUUACUCUGUGUCCUUCUUAAAUUUACUGCUUUCAUAUUCGAAAAAUCGAGCAGUUUCAUAAAUUUGGGCUAUAGUUACCUAUAUGAAGGAAAGAAUCGAAUGUUCGCCGAUAAUCUAAUCAUUGGUGGUGCAGUUCUAAAGGAACAAACUUUCAUUGAAGCGGCAGGAUCACUGCCAUCAUAUGUUGAUGCUUGGUUUGGUCUCUCACAAGGUGAGAGCAAAUCGGGAUAUUCGACGGUGCUACAAAACAUGUUUGAGAAACUAAAGAUUGACGAGUUCACCGUCAUUUUACAAUCCUAUUCCGAUCCAAAGCAGGUUGGAGAGAUAUAUUUUGGCGAUGUGGCAUUAGCAGCAGACUAUAUAAUUACUGCACCCUCAAACUAUAUUACUCAAUGGCAAAUUCUCACGACUUACGAUGGUAUUGCUCACGGUGCUUUUCUUGACUUUAACUGCCCAGAUAUUAUAUUUGAUAAUGUUGCACAGUUUAACAAAUUAAUUAGUGAAAGUGGCGCCCAGAUAGGAAAAGAUAACAAUUACUAUGUGAAGAGCAUAAAAAAUAUUUCAAGUCUUAUAUUUAUAAUUGAAGAUAAACCUAUAACGGUGUCACCACAAGCUUACUUUGAACCAGUAGGCACAGUUUAUAAGCUUAAGGUCAGAUAUGUUGAGGGUUUGUUUUGUUUGGGAGCACCCUUCUAUUCAAAGAAAUGGAUCACAUUUAAUUUCAAAACCAAUAUGAUUUCAAUUGCAGAACUAUCAGAAAGAGAGUAAAUCUAAAUUUAUAUAUUCACAAGAAAGAUAUACUUUGCCGAUUUAACGAUUUAUAUUAUAUAUUACCCAAAAUAUCCAACAUAUUAUACCCAAAAUAUUAAACAUAUUAUAACCAAAAUAUUAUACAUAUUAUACCC